UGCAUAAUUGAUAUCGGCCCAUGGUCCUACACAGAUGAGGAAGUUCAUUCGAUUGCUGGAAGAAGCGUAAAUUCGCCAACUCCAGGGUUUGAGGGUAACAGUGAAUGGGAUUUUCUUAAACUCAUAGCAUCAGAGAAGUAUUCAUGUGAUGAGGACGCUGAUUUUCACUAUUCGGAGGUUAGCUUUGAGUUAUAUGUAAAACGUCGUCCACAAUUUUACCUAUGGGUGUUACUUAUUCCCACCUUCGUCAUUACAACGGUCUCAAUAUGCGGUUUAUUCAUCCCUACUAACACGUUGGGAGAUCGAGAAGAGAAGGUCAACCUUGGAUUGACCACCCUGCUGUCAUCGGCCGUCAUCCUCGAAAUUGUUGCCAAUUCUAUGCCUAAAGCUUCGGCUCUCCCACUACUGGGAAAUUUUAUUCUGGCAGAGAUCUUUGUUGUAGCAGCAGGAGUUGUGUGCUCCGUUUUAACUCUUACACUGCACCAUCGUGUGAAUACUCGCAAGUGGAAGCCAAAGCCGUGGAUGUUGAAAAUUCUUGGAAUGACG